AUGGUCUCUUUCACCGUCGUCAUUGCCUCGAUUCUUGUUAUUUCGCCCGCUCUUGGGGCUCCCGACCCCAUCGAAUUGCCCGCCACCAUAUUGCAUGUUAUCUUCCCUCCUGAGCUCAAAUACCUGCCGACGGAUCUAUCUCCGCCACUGCUCGAAGGCACAGCAUCCACGCCUACAGCAGCGACGGUAUCUGCCAGAAGCGUUGGAACCACUACUGAAGAGGGUCUCAAAAACGGGCUUCAGUUUAUUACCCAGGAGUUCUUCGGGAGAUCGGGUCCUGACCACAAAGAGCGUCGAAGCUUGGCCAGCGACGCGCUCAAAAUAGCAAAGAAGUACGGACCUAAAGCUGUCGAGGCCCUCGGGCCCUUGGCAACGGAUCUCGCGGGGCAUAUCUUCGAUUCUGGAUACAGCACCUCUGACGCGAGCGCGCAGCCUACCACACCGCCUCAGCGGAGGAGCGUAGCGAGCACGAUGAUUAAGGUAGCAGAGAAGUACGGUCCCGACGUGGCAAAGGUCCUCGAGCCAGUAGCGAGUCAUCUCGCUGAGAAGGCCUUUGGCUCUGGUUCCAGCACUUCUGAUGCGAGUGCUCAGCCUACUGCAGCCCCGGCCCACCGGAGGAGCGUGGCGAGCACGAUAGGGAAGGUAGCGGAGAAGUACGGUCCGGAAGUGGCGAAGGCCCUUGAACCACUGGCGAGCAAGCUGGCAGAGCAUGUCUUGGGCUCUGGGUCCAGCACUUCCGAUGCCGGCUCAACCACUGCUCGACCCCAGCGAAGGAGCCUAGGUGACAAGGGACUUGAAGGGUCCGCAAUCGCUCCGGGAAUCGAACCGUCCAUCGCAAGUGGAACUGGCGGUAUUCCCUGUGCAAACCCUGAUACUGCUGCACUGAAAGCGCGCAGCGCAGCUAGCAUUUUGGGCGAUCUCGUGGAGAAGUUCGGCCCGGAGGUGGUGGAUGGCAUCCAGUCGCUGCUCAGCGGCGGCUCGAGCGACGGCAGCGUACUCCCAGCCGGCGCCUCGACUCCGCUACUCGGGCCUCUCUUGAAGCGCAACGCAAGGACAUGCAUGGAUAUUGAUCUGAAGCAGGGGGCUGAGGAUCUGCUGCCUCUCCUGGGUGGCAUCUUGGGUGGGGAAGAGUGA